ACCGGGAAGGUUUUUCCUGUUACACUGGAAAAAUUGGAAAUUAGCAAUGUUUAUCAGUUCAGUUUACACAGUUAACAUAUCGGGCGAAUUAAUUGGGCAAUUGUUGUUUGCACAGCGGGGAUUCUUGAGGAAUACAGUACAGCAAAGCCGCAUGCAAGGGCUCCUGAUGAAGGUGUGUAGGUAAUCCUUUGAGAGCCUUGUAAGACGCCAUGUCUGAAAAGGCCGUUUCAGAAAGUGACCUGGAGCCCAGCCUUAACAGUGAAGAGGAGUAUUUGGAAAAUGAGGAGGAGGAGGAGGAGGACGACGACAUGGAGGAAGAGGAAGAUGAAGAUGAGGAUGAAAAUGACGGUGACGAUGAAGAUGACAGUGUUGAACGACCUGGGAGUGCAGAGAGCAGGACAGAAACUGCUCAGGAUGGCGGGGACUCCACUUCAACAACCUCAGGAGAGCCGUCCCCGGAGCCUCCAUCUCAGCCUGCGUCCCGCCCAUCAUCGAGGGCUCCCUCCAGACCCGCCUCUCGUUCUCAGCCCCCUACCAGCCCCGAAAAAUCAAGCCAGAGCAAGCCACCUUCCAUCAAAACAAAGAAGCAUAAAAGCUCUAAAUCCACCAAAUCUUCAAAGUCCUCAAAAGGCUCCAACUCUUCCAAGACAUCUAAACCUACACACAUGAGGAAGAACAUUAGAAAGCUUCUGAAAGAGGAUCAGCUGGAGGCUGGCACCAAGACUGCCCAACAGGAGGAGAUGGAAAGGAGGAAGCGUCUAGAGCAGCAGAGGAAGGACUUCCCUACAGCAGCCUCAACUCUCGCUGACUCUCAGCUAGCAGACACAUCUUCCCUUUUGGGAGAAGUGUCUCACUUGAUCCCCGCUCUCCUGAGCAAGCAGGAUGUGAUCUGUCUGGACAGCAGUGGUGAUGAAGAGGAGGAAAUGGAUUCCAACCUGCCUCCACUUGCUAUUAGAGAUGAUAUAAUUGAGCUUAGUUCUGGGGACGAGGACGCCCUGCAGAUAAGCAGCGAGUCGGCCGAUGAGGAUGCUGACGGCACCGCCGCCUCGGAGGAGAGCAGCGGCGCACAUAUCAAUGAUGCUAUGAACCUGCCCAAUGCCCAGGGUCAAGUGCUGGUUAAUAUUAGUCACCCUGCAGAUGAGAAAGACCUUUAUCUUGCUCCACAGCUGGCCAAGGCUGUCAAGCCCCACCAGGUCGGUGGAAUUCGCUUUCUCUACGAUAACCUCAUUGAGUCCCUGGAGCGGUAUAAGACCAGCAGUGGCUUUGGCUGCAUCCUUGCUCACAGCAUGGGGCUUGGGAAGACCCUGCAGGUCAUUUCCUUCACUGACAUCCUACUGAGGAAUACCGAGGCUCACACUGUGCUGGUGGUUGUUCCUGUGAACACACUUCAGAAUUGGCUGACUGAGUUUAACCUCUGGCUCCCACCACAAGAAGCCCUUUCCCCUGACACUGAUCCUGCACUCAUCACAGGCCGCAAUUUCAAAGUUCACAUUCUCAACGACGAGCACAAAUCGACGCUGGCCAGGGCCAAGGUUGUGGAGGAGUGGUCCCGAGAUGGAGGGGUACUGCUCAUGGGUUAUGAGAUGUACCGUUUGCUGUCCAUGAAAAAGAGCUUUGUGAUGGGCAAGAAGAGAAAAUCAAAGAAGCCAGCAGGACCAAUCAUCAUUGAUCUGGAUGAAGAGGAUCGACAGCAGGAACUAAUGAAAGUUAUUGAAAGGGCCAUAGCGCGGCCUGGCCCAGAUGUGGUGAUAUGUGACGAAGGGCAUCGCAUUAAAAACUACCAUGCCAGCACCUCGCAGGCUCUGAAGAACAUCCGCUCCCGGCGCAGAGUAGUCCUCACCGGUUACCCAUUGCAGAACAACCUCAUCGAAUACUGGUGCAUGGUGGACUUUGUUAGGCCCGACUUUUUGGGCACACGUCAGGAAUUCAGCAACAUGUUUGAGCGGCCCAUUUUGAACGGUCAGUGUGUGGACAGCACUGCUCACGAUGUCCGCUUGAUGCGCUACCGCAGCCACGUGCUGCACAGCCUGCUGGAAGGUUUCGUCCAGAGACGAGGUCAUGAUGUGCUGAGAGACCAGCUUCCCUCCAAGGAGGAGCAUGUGAUCCUGGUGCGGCUCUCUCCCAUUCAGAGGGCGCUGUAUACAGAGUUCAUGAAACGCUUUCGAGAAGCAGGGAACACUGGCUGGCUCGGUCUAAACCCACUCAAAGCCUUCUGUGUGUGCUGCAAGAUCUGGAAUCAUCCAGACGUCCUGUAUGAAGCCCUGCAGAAGGAGAAUCAUGCCAACGAGCAGGACCUGGACCUCGAUGACAUCACUUCGGCUGGUAACCCCCGCUGUCCUGGGCCAGGUGCCGGCCCAAAAGCCAAAGUGGCCGACACCAAAGUCAACAACCCCCUGCCACUAGUCAACACCUCUCAGGACAGAGCCAAUCAAGUCAUCACAUACGAAUGGGCAAAGGGCAUCAUGUCAAACUAUCAAACUGGACUUCUGGAGAACUCUGCCAAGAUGAUUCUGCUCUUUCACUUGAUUGAUGAGAGUGUAAGAAGAAGGGACAAGAUUUUAGUCUUUAGUCAAAGUUUGUCCAGCCUGUCGGUGAUUGAGGACUUUUUAUCAAAGAGACCGAUACCGACUGACUCCUCUGACACUCACGGCCCGAAGUGGAUUCGCAACAUCAAUUACUACAGACUGGACGGAAGUACCUCUGCCUCAGAAAGAGAACGACUUAUUAAUCAGUUUAAUGACCCAGAAAACAUCAAAACAUGGGUCUUCCUUCUUUCUACAAGAGCGGGCUGCUUGGGAGUGAAUCUGAUCGGGGCCAACCGCGUCGUUGUGUUUGACGCCUCCUGGAACCCAUGUCAUGAUGCUCAGGCGGUGUGUCGGGUGUACCGCUACGGUCAGAAGAAACCCUGCCACAUAUACCGCCUCGUCUGUGAUUUCACCCUGGAGAAAAAGAUUUAUGACAGACAGGUCUCCAAACAGGGCAUGUCUGAUCGAGUGGUUGAUGACUUGAACCCAGUGCUGAACUUCACUCGUAAGGAAGUGGACUCGCUGCUGCACUUUGUAGAAGAGGAGCCUGAAAGAAUUUCUCUGGAAUCCAAGCAGGAAUUUGAAACUGUAUUGUAUGAAGCUUGUCAGCUUUACCCACACCUUAUCACCAAGCAACCUUUUCACCACGAGUCUCUGUUGGUGGAUCGAAAGGAGUCCAAACUGACCAAAGCAGAGAAGAGAGCCGCCAAGAAGAGCUACGAGGAUGAGAAACGAGCGUCGGUACCCUACUCGCGCCCAUCGUACGCCCCUUAUUACCCAACCAGUGAUCAGACGCUCACCAACAUACCAGCAUUCAACCAACGUGGCUGGCGUCCGAUGGUCCGGCCAGAUGACAAACCCGUGGCAAGCGUCAGGCCCAUCCAGUCGACCCCCAUCCCCAUGAUGCCUCGUCAGGCCGGCAUGGCGGCAUUGAGUUCUGCCGGCAGCCUGCCUGUCAACUUUCUGCAAAAAGCUGGAGUUUAUGUGCAGAGAAUUGUCACCACAACUGAUAUUGUAAUCCCAGGAACCAACAGCACAACAGAUGUUCAAGCUCGAAUUAGUGCAGGAGAGAGCAUCCAUGUUAUAAGAGGAUCGAAAGGUACCUACAUUAGGACAAACGAUGGAAGGAUUUUUGCUAUUCGAUCUGGAAAGAUCAGUAGGCCAGCAGUCGGUGGUUCUGCUUCUUCAAGGGACACCCAGGGCUCCCUGAUCCACCCACUCAGUAACGGCUGCUCGUCGCCUGUGGAUCAGCAGCAGGGCUCCCCCAACGGGGAGCAGCCGCCCUCCUCUCCUCUAAGCUCCGAGAUCCUCCGAGAGCUCAGCCGCUACGCCUCGUCCACAGGGGACGCCGCCGCCGCCACGGGGGACGACUCGCCGUCCCCGCCGGACACGUCGUCCGGCAACGUAAGCAGUUCGCAGAACAAUCGGACCGGCAGCCGGCAGCUGAGUGAGGACCUCUUGAGCUCGCCCUUGGAGAUGCGCGGCAGCAAGCGCCGGAGUACUGAAAGCCAGGGCAACGCACAACUAGGUGGCAAGCGCACUUCUGCCGCCGCGCGUUUCCCCGGGAUGUCGCUGGGCGCCGGUGGGCUCACGUUCCCCCCCGUCGGUCUGAACUCCUCCUCCUCGUCCUCGUCCUCCCUCCUGGGGAACCUAGGUCACAUGGGUCACCCCCUUCUGAUGGGUGGUGGCGGUGCAGCGUCAUUCCUUCAGGCGCCCGGGCAGACCCUGGCUGACCUACAGACCAUGUUCCCCGCCGCAGGAAACGGACACCCGCCGGCUCCCUCUUCGUCGUCUCUGUCCACCGGCUUCUCCUCGGCUUCCCCCGCCGCCUCCAUGUCCGGUUCGACCUCGGCCGCCGCUUCCUCCUCCCUGGUGUCGGGGUCUCUGCCGCCGUACUUGAUGAAUCCCAACAUGGCCGGGCUGCUUUCGUCCGGCUUCCCUCUCAACUACAGCCAGUCGCUGCUCUCGGAGCCCAGGAUGUUCCCUGGCCCCCUCCUCUCUGGGGCGGGGGGAUUCCCCACAUCCAACUCCAGCUCUACUUCGUCCAGUUUCCUCUCCCAUUUCAGCAGUCCAGCUUCCAGCCUGUUGGGGACGGCUCUGACUCAGCCGGACACGCAUCAGAGCGCAGAGAACGAGGGCACUAGUUCUGACGACGACGUCAUAGAGGUGACGGGACACUAGAGAGUCCGUUUCACACAAUCAUGGCAAACACAAAUUAGGGGUGGCAAGGGUUACACGUUUUUAUUGAAUUAACUAAAGGGAUAAUGUUACAGCAUCUACCGUCAUUUAUGAACCGAGGAUUAAUGUCUAGACGUAUUGUGUUGUUCUGAGUUUGUGAGCUCUUCAGAAUCAAAGUACCGGAUGAACGAGAUAAUAUACAAUGAUCUUCUAAAUUAAAAAUAAUAAUAAUAAUUAAAACUUUUCAGGAACUAAACAAUGACCUUUAAUUCACCUUCACUGAAUGACCUUCAACAAGACAACUGUGUUCCAGCCUCGCUGUUCAUUAAGUUCUCAUGAACCUACACACACACACACACACACACACACACACACACACCUACCUGCUACUGAGAGAAUCCCCUUGUACCUGAAUCCUUAAAGCGAUCCUUGUGCUGAACGUGGCCGAGUUGGUCGGCUGGAGCCUCCGAGCAGCAGGAACACAGCACAGCAUCCACUGCUACACCUUUAAGCCUCAGUGCUGUUAGUCGUAUUCCCGCCCAAUUCAAAUGGAAUAAUGUGAGCUUCUUGUUGGGUUGAUGACACAUUGCUACAGAACGGUCCGGUGCAAACACAAAGCAGACAUUCCGUGUCACAUGGCAGCGGUUCUCACCUGCUCAACACUUUUUCUUUAGCAGGUUUUCUUUUUUUUCUACUUGACAAUAGCAGAAGGCAACAAUAGUUCAAUAAAUAACUCGCCCGUUGGUUGCUGAACGCGGUGUUGACCCUUUAUAUUUAGAGAAAGUCCUUUAACGGCUUCCCUUAACAACGGGAAUCCUUAGGCUUUCAAAACAGAUUUUUAGUCUUUAGACAUUAAAUAGACAUUGUAGCAGCCCCUGUUGAGAGGAUGUAUGUGUGACACUAUAACUGAACAUGUUGUACUUUGUAAAUAGCAUCAUUAUCGUUGUUUAUAUUGCAAGUCAAUAAUGUGCAGUGUGUAGUUUUUGUUUGGAGGGAGAUAGUUUACUAUUUCGGUGACUGUCGUGGUGAUAAAAGCGCUCUCAUUGACGCUAGGGAAACAAACUUAUGUUCAUCAUUUACCUUUUGCCCCCUUAGAACUAAAAUGAAUGUACCUUCAUGUUAGCCUUUGACAUCACAGGGUCUGGAAAGAGGAUUCGGACUGUGUUCUUUCAUUUUUAGCCUUAAAUUACACAAAGAGGUCUUGAGUCUUCUUUUAUAAAGAUCAGUUGGAAGAACUACUGAGCAUUUAAGUCCAUGUGAAACUCAAAACGUGUUGGGCACAUUCCGCAUUGUGAGGAACGUUACCCAGUGCAGAAGCAAUUUCAUUCUUUUUAUUCAAUCUUUUUAAAUCAUGCCUGCUCAUUUACCUCUUUUUUUUUUUGCUUAAGUGUCCCUGCAGCCGACAUGUUUAUUUGUUCUUUGAUGAUCCUAAUUUUCUUGUGGGUGCUUUUCAGGACCUUGCAGAGAACAUUUAUUACCAAAUCUACAGUAAACAUUGCAUUCAGUCAGCAUGCACGUCCAAAAACGUCUGUCAAUGUAGCCACCAACCAUCAAAGUGAUUAAACCCCCCCCCCCCCCCCCCCCCCCCGAACUACCAGGGCCGUCCUGUGGUAGCUUUUCACACAGCUGCUUCUUGGAGAGCAGUGCAUGAAGUAGCUUCUGGUGGCGCUUUAGGGAGUGAAGGCCUCUGCUGGAGUCUGUAGCCUCGUGUUCCCUGUUGUGAGGACACCUCGAGGUCUGUAGAUUUAGGGAAGCCCGUCUCCUUUGUCAUUAAAACAGGCUCAACGCAGGAGUUAAAAAACACUGACGUGUGAAGUGAGGUUUUGUUACUAUUGGCUCUUCCUCGUUGUUCCGGAUGCUUCCUUUCUAUCAUCGGUGUGUUUUCAGUACAUUAUAUUGACAAGACCUUUUUGUUCUCAGUCUUUUUGACCUGUUGGAAACAUUUUGCAUCUUGGGAAUCAUCACAUUAUAAAACAACUGAUCUCUUUUCUUUUAUGUGCAAUUUUAUGUUAAAUUCAAAUAUUUCAGUUUUUUUUUAAAUGUUUUUUAUAACUUUGUAUUGGCAGUCGUUUUCCUUAUUUCCGUGCAAGCAUCUGAAAUGUAUUUAUUUAUAAUGACAAAUACAUUCGUUUUUGUAAUUACAUUUUUUUUAAUGUUUUGUUGACUUUGACGCAUUGACGGCUGAUUCAGUAAGAAUUUCCUACAUGCAACGUAGAUCGAAGCAGAAUAUGACUGUGGUAUCAAUGUUAUUUUAAGAAUAAAAUACUCUUUUAUUGCA